ACAGAAUUACUAGUAAUCAAUUAUGUGCCAUUCCUUUUGGGGGCAAAUGACAGUUUUUCACUGUGCUAUUUGCUACAAUGCAUUCAGACUGGAUCCCUGUACCUCUGUUUAAGGGAUUUUUCAUUUUAUUCUUUUAGCUCGUACAGCAUCUUGCACAUUGGGGUCUUGGUCUAUGUCGAGGGCUGCUAGUCAUGAUGGUAAUACCAGUAACAAAUAACAAUAAUAAAAAUACAACUUUGCCACUUUCAUUUCCAUUCCAGUAUUGAUAGAAAUCUAGUACUUCGAAAAUAUCAAAUGAUUUAUACAACCAUGGUGCCAAGUAGCUACUAAAUUGGAAAAAAAACAAACCGAAACUACAGUUCAAAACUAGAUAUCAGUAGAGAUGUCAUUUGCUGGUUACAAAUUCUCAAGCACGAACCAAUGUAUCUGUUACUUAAGAAUCUGAAACCUAAAUCCUUUAUUUCAGCUUUUGCAUUGUAAGUACCAGUGCUGGUCUAUAGGUCUGGCUUUUUAUUUGUGAGCUUUUACAUGGACGAUCAGGUGCUGUGCAUCCUGAAUAUCAAGUUCUGUGUCCUUCAUUGCUUGUGAUUGUUUGCAAUGCAAAUGGGAGGGUUUGUAUCAAAGAGAACCAUAUCCAUGGUAACCAAAUGAAGACAAGUUUGCAUUACUUCCUUAGUGAAGUGUAAUCCUUCCCCUUGUGCAUGUGCCAAAGGGUCACACUGUGUUAAAGGGAUAGGAAUACAUUUCUUGCAAAUAAAGCAGUUUCUUCUUUUUUAUUUGUCUCAGUUCUCUCUCACACACCCCCUUCACUCUGAUUUUUUUUAUUUUUUUUUUUAAGUCUUCUCAUCAUUAGGAACAAUGUCUAGUCUAGGUUCUACUUUCCUUUGGCAGGGAGGGUAAGCAAACAAUCAUCCAUCUUAACUGUCAACUCAAACACCACUUGUUGGCAAACAGCCUUUCUUGGCCCUUCGUGUUGGGUUUUUGUUUGUUUGUAUGUUUUGUUUUUUUUAGUUUAAUGGGGGCUGGAGAGCCGACCCAUGAGCACAAGUUCCCGUAUCUUGGUUUUUCAGUCUUUGAGUGUGUAGCACAGCACAGAUGUAGAUGCACCCAGACACCAAUUCCAUUUUAUUAACAGCUGGAGCAAGAAAUACAGGCAAUCUGUGUCACAGCAUCUCACCUUCUGUUUCUGCUGGAAAUGGUCAUGGUGAGAAAAAGGAGAUUCCCCUCUCCACAUUGUAAAAGCUCACAAACUUGCACCGUGGGAUGGCUUCAGAGUCUUACUGCCAUGGGACUAGCAGAACCUGUGAAAUGAACAAGAGGGGUAUCCUGUUAUCUGCCAAAGCAUCAUGGUCUCAACUGGAUGAAGAUUCUCUGACUCCAACUGUAGUAGACAACCCUCUUCCUCUUUCACAGCUUGAAGAUUCUAAAGAAGAAAAUAUUCGCCACUGGCUGGAUUCUGGGUUCUUCUUGUCUACAAGUGAAGAUUUACAACAAGACAGAGAAAAAGCAGUUUCCUUGGCUAACCCAGAAAUGGUGCAAAUGACUGUGCAAAGCUAUAUGAGAUCUCUGCAUCAGUUUUCAGAAACUCCUGUUAUGUCAAGAUGGAACAGUUUCAACUCGUCCCAUUCUCUUGCUAGUCCACCAAAAAGCAUCACUGAAUGGCUGGAGCUCUGGGAAAAUGAUCCAGUUGAGAUUCUACUGGGUUUGGGGUUUGGGACAGAAGAACCUGACAUUUGCACUAAAAUCCCUUCUCGAUUCAUCAGUAAUGCUUCCGUAGCAAAAGGAAUCAACAUCCGAGUCUUUCUGGAAGCUCAAAAGCAGCGUAUGGACCUCGAGAAUCCCAAUUUAUAUGGGCGUUUUCGACAACUGGAAGUCCUGGAUCAUGUGACUAGUGCCUUCUCCUCUUUGCUGAAUGGUGUUAACACCCAGCAACAGAAAUCAGAGGAGAGUAAUGGGGAAGAAAAGAGCAUGACGGACAUUCAGAGGAACAAAGCUGAGGCCACACGAGUGAAGCGGAGAAGGCUAGGUCAUUUCCUGAGAAAAGCUUCUAGACAGGCAAUAGUACUGCAAAGGAGUGCUCAGGCUUCUGGAAAUUCAGAGUCAUUCAAGGAUAGAGAAGAACAGUCUCCCUUCUAUGCUGAGAUGGACCAACGCACAGCAAUCAGGACUGGCUUUUCUGAAAAUAAUACCUUGGUGGGUCUGACAGAGGAACAGUCUUCCACUGAGGAUGAUCCACUGACAUUACCCCGGCUGCCACAGUCUCCAACAGGGAAAUCUCAGGUUUUGUCAUAUAUACCUAUAAAGCAGCCCCAGAUUCCUUCUGCAUCGGAGAUGGCUGUCAAAGACAGACCAAGGAAGGAGUCCAAUUUACUCUUGACCCACACGCUCAGAAGGGUGUCUGGUACAAAGGGCAAGCCUCCAGAUUCAUUUGAAAUGGAAGAGAUCCAGAGCUUUGAGGAUGAAACUCCAGGGGGAAAUCUUCAUGGCAGCACUUCAGAAGUGCUGGUGACAAGAACAAACAGCUGCCAGUCUGACAGCAGUGGAUUUCUAGAAGAACCAGUGGAGCCUUUAUCUUUACAAAAUCCACCUUUUCCAGGACAGCUGAACCUUAGCUGUGAUACCCAUGACCGAAAAGGAGCUCUGCCACAUAGAACAGCUCUCGCUGUGUCACACCAGGAUUUUCAUCAAAAGUCAAAGCGCCCUGUUGCUAACGCCUCCACUGCAGAUUGCAAGAACAUUUCAAGGGUGUCUAGUCCAGACAGAGAACACAAGGACCAGAGGGAAGAGACCGUCCUCUCACUAAUUGUGGAAGAUGGUCUACAUCAAGCCUUCAGUGAUCAAUCAGAGGGUUUUGUCAAAGAAAUGGUGUACGAUCCGAAUAAGCAGGAGAUUAAAAUUGGAAAAGGGCAACUGGAGAAAGAGGAGAGCUGCAUACAGCAGCAAACUGCUGGUAAUCAGGAUGUUACCCCAGAACUUGACUGUCAUUUAUCCUUCAGUUCAGUACCCAAAAGUCCAGCUCCAGCUCACACUGAAGAGAAUGGCACAACUCCCAUUGACUUCACUGGCAGUGGAGCCUGCGCUAAACAAGAGACAAGAGAGAGACCUUUGACUGAGGAGGAUGCUGGGAAAGUAUUUAAGGAAAAUAUCCAGGAAGGUAUUACAGGACAUGUAAAAGGAACGCAAUGUGAUAAGGAGAUUUUCAGUAAAGUUGAUACCCUGGUUCCAGUCACCAAGGCCACAAGUGGUCAGCAGUUUUGCAAACUGGACUCUGAUAUAAACAGUAUAAGCUGCUCUUGUGAAACAGGGACACCAGAGACCCAAUGGCAGGUCUCACAAGUACAAAAUGAAAGCAAGGUUAUUUCAAGCAGUUCUUUACAAGUGUCUAACUUUUCUGCUUACUGCCCAGAGUGCAUAUCUGAAUUUAGUUCCCAGGAAAGCACAGAGACUUGCUGUUUGGGUAAAAUAUCAGGAGCCACCAAAUUGGAGAAGGAUGAUUCUGUCCAAAAUGCUGAAAUACACACUAACCCCUCUAAGUCGGUUACUGUUCAGAUGGCUUCAAGGCUGGUGUCCACUGUGCAAAAAGUUUCCCUGAGUGAAGGCCUUGGCAAAGGCCCGUCUUUAGAAAUUAAAUCCAUAGAGUCCCAGUGCUCUGAGAGUGAGCUAGUAAUUACUUCACAACUGGGUACUUUGAAGGAAAGUCUAAAGGAGACAAGAGAAGCUUCAAUUCAAACUGACACAAUUGGAAUAAAAACACGAAAUCAGUGGUCUGACCCAAAUCUUCUCCCUCCAUUCUGUAGACAUGGUCAUCUCACAAAAUCAGUCUCCCUAGACACUGGGAUUUAUGGGAAAUACAGAUCAUCCUACCAUCAAACAUUGGGUGCCCAGCCUGCCCAGUGCGGUCGCAGCUGUCAUUGUGUCUGCUGCCAUCAUUGCUGCUUUCAGUGGGCCUUUCCCUUCACUGCUUCCUCCAAACCUCCUGGGGCCUGUUGUUCAAAUCACAUGACCAUAGAGUUGCAGCUUUUGAAAACAUUAGAGCUCCUGCAGGAUACAGCAGUGAGGAGUAUUUCUCCAUGCACAAUUAAUGAAAUAGAAGCUAUGAAGAGUUCUUGCCAGAGUUUCCGGGAGAAGCUAGAUGAGAUUGAGCAGCACCUGAUAGAGCAACAGGAUCUUUUCCCCAGUGCUAUGUCAGCUGAAGGAAGGGAGAAAAAAAGACAACUGCAGGUAUUACGUCAAGCUGUUCGUCAUGAGGUUUCUGAACUGGAAUUCCAGCUGAAUGAUCGAGCUCGCCAGGUUAGGGAGGGAAUGCUGAUGCAGCUGGACCAAUUACUAGGAGAACAAUCCCAUCUGUUUUCAGAGCUUGGACUCCCUGAUAGGUGGGAAGAAAGAAAUGCCCAGAAUAAACAAGUUGUUCCAGAUGCUGCUGACACUAUGCAUCCUAGAGCUGGGUGCUCAGAAACAGUAGUUCCAAGACGCCUGAGCAGAAGUGAAACAUUCCCAUCAACUUCAUCAGCCUCAAUGCCAGGAACACCAGAGAUGCAGUUUCCUGCUGUGGCAACAGCAGAGCUAGACCCAUGGGAACUCCCCACCAGUAAAAAGGAAAUAAAAGGUCCUCCCCAGUCAAAAAUUGACUUUAAGGCUUUUCUACAGAGUGUAAGAAUUCAUUUUAUUCUGGUUGCUUGCGUAUUCUAAUGUCAGAACAUGCUGACAUGAGAUUACAAUUGUAUUUAUUACAGCAGUGGCUAGAGGCCCAACCAAGGGCCCCUUUGUGCUAGGUGUUGUACAUACCCCUACCAAGCUAUAGUUUCUGCUCUAAAUAGCUUACAAUCUUAAUAGCCAGGACAGACAACGGGCAGGGAAGCAUUCUCAAAGUUAACUGCACCGGUUACUCAUGGUAAUGAGGGCAGUAUUAUUAGGUGGCAUCAGCAAUGCCUUGUCAGUCUAGAACUCCAAGUGCGAUUGGUUGAGAUCUAUACCAAACUGUGUGAAAUUAACAGGUAGCAUUAGCCUUCAAAACAGCUUGAACUAU